GCCCCGUCGCCGAGCGGGAGCCGGCGGCGAGGGGCGAAGCGGCGCGGGCAGAACCGGGCGCAGCCCGCGCUGCCGCCGCCCGGCCCUUCCCCGCCUCCGUCCCGCCCAAGCCAUGAACUUUGGCAGGGGCCCCUCGGUGGUGUUGAACGUCGGGGGCACCCGGUACUCCUUCUCCCGGGAGGUGCUGAAGGAUUUCCCGCUGCGGCGGGUGAGCCGCCUGCACGGCUGCCUCUCGGAGCAGGACGUGCUGGAGGUGUGCGACGACUACGACCGGGAGCGCAACGAGUACUUCUUCGACCGGCACUCGGAGGCCUUCGGCUUCAUCAUGCUGUACGUGCGGCACGGCCACCUGCGCUUCGUGCCGCACAUGUGCGAGCUCUCCUUCUACAACGAGAUGAUCUACUGGGGGCUGGAGGGCUCCCACCUCGACUACUGCUGCCAGCGCCGCCUGGACGACCGCAUGUCCGAGACGUGCACCUACUACUCGGCGGGGGAGCCGCCGGGCGAGGCGGCCGCCGAGGGCAAGGGCCGCCGGGCGCCGGGGCCCGAGGGCAGGAAGUGGCUGGAGAGGAUGAGGCGGACUUUCGAGGAGCCCACGUCUUCCGUGGCAGCCCAGGUCCUGGCCACCGUGUCCAUCCUCUUCGUCAUCGUGUCCAUGGUGGUGCUGUGCGCCAGCACCCUGCCCGAGUGGCGGGCGCCGGAGAACCGCAGCGUGGAGGAGCAGAGCAGGUACACAGCAGAGUCAGUGAGGGAGCCCUCAGGGAUAAUUGAAGCUAUCUGCAUAGGCUGGUUCACUGCAGAGUGCAUUGUGAGGUUCAUCGUCUCCAAAAACAAGUGUGAGUUUGUCAGAAGACCUCUCAACAUCAUUGAUUUACUGGCAAUUACUCCCUACUACAUCUCUGUUCUAAUGACAGUUUUUACCGGGGAAAAUUCGCAGCUUCAGAGGGCUGGAGUCACCUUGAGGGUCUUAAGAAUGAUGAGGAUUUUUUGGGUGAUUAAACUGGCUCGUCAUUUCAUUGGCCUUCAAACACUUGGUCUGACUCUGAAGCGUUGUUACAGAGAGAUGGUGAUGCUACUUGUCUUUAUCUGUGUUGCUAUGGCAAUUUUCAGUGCACUUUCCCAGCUUCUUGAAAAUGGGCUGGACUUGGGAACAAAGAAUAAGGAUUAUGCCAGCAUCCCUGCUGCUUGUUGGUGGGUGAUCAUCUCUAUGACCACGGUUGGUUAUGGUGACAUGUGUCCCAUCACUGUACCUGGAAGGAUUCUUGGCGGAAUUUGUGUGGUUAGUGGCAUUGUUCUAUUAGCCUUGCCAAUUACUUUCAUUUAUCACAGCUUUGUGCAAUGUUAUCAUGAGCUCAAAUUCCGAUCUGCUAGGUACAGUAGAAGCCUUUCUGCUGAAUUCUUAAAUUGACCAAAUUUGCAUUCUGUUGUAGUUACUUGCUAAGCUUUGUCUUAGAAGAGAACGGUGGAAAGUCCCUUCAUGUGUCCUUGACUGGAUAGUCCUAUGGAACAUUCUCACCAGCUGAAGAAAGCUCAUCACCAUUCAGACAGGAAGGAUGGCCAUCUGGCUUGGACACCUUCUAGGGAGAGGGAGUGAUGCCUGAAAUUUGAGAGAAUUAAAUAACAAAAGAGGACUCAGAAGUCCUCAGCCAGGCCAGUGUGGUCUUCAGUUUGCCUUUCCACACAAAAAAAGAACAAAAAAUGGGCUUAAUACUGAGAUUCACCAUUCCCAUAAAUAUAUCUCAUAUCAUGCUGAGCAAUGUGUAGCAGAAAUUUUUCAAAGAUUUUAAAAUCUAAAUGAGUCUUAGAGGCAUUGAGGCCUACUUGACCCAAGUAUCUCCACUUUUCACACAGAUAGGCAAAUCGCAUAUUGAAGAAGAAUUGCUGCUACUUUUGAGCCUCACAACAGAAUAGAUCUGGUUCUGCCACUUUAAAAAGUGGAAGAACGUAGGUCUGUAGGGCAAAAAAUCUUAGGGCCUGAUUCUGAUCCUUGAUGAAGCACACAAAUCUUCAGUAAAACCAGUGAAGUCAGUGGCAUCACUCUGAAUUUCCAGUGGAAAACCCAAGAUGAGUAUGUGCAUCUCUGAAUGUUGUAGCAUGCACUUUCUUGGUCGCAAGCUCUGGAACAAGCUCUUUAUUAGAAGUAAGCAUUGUACUUUACAAAGAUCAGCAUAAAAAUUUAGGCAUUGAUAAAUAUAUUUUUGGUAGCUUAGUGGUGCAGCUAUCCAAAUUUUACUUACAUUUUCAGUUGAACUCCAUCCACCUGAAGAUAUAGAUCAAUAAGCAUAGAUUUUUUUCCAUUUAAUUAACCACAUAUAUCAUAGCACAGUGAAAGUUCUCUAAGAGAAAUUAUACAAUUCCAUCACUUAAAAGUCUGGAGAAAGCACUAGAAGUCUGGAGAAAGCACUAGAAGUCUGGAGAAAGCACUAGAAAACAAGAACAGCUGCUCCCUCUCAGAUAUAUUCUUCAUCAUCUUUAACUUCUGUGAUUCUUAUUUCAGGAUACACUUUAACUUAAUGGAAGUUUUAAAAACAACUGUAAAAAGCCCAAAGGAUAUUGAAGAAAGCAAAAUAUAAAGUGGGAGGUGCACUGGGCAAAACAGUAUAUUCUCCAAUGUGACUAGAAAAUUAAAAUGAAUCAAGUUAGGUUCUGAAAUAUCGUACACUACAUUUCUUGUGUAGUACUGCUUUAGUAGCAUUGUUCAGUAUAAUUCUGAAAGGCUGUCAUGCAGAACUGUGCAGUUAAAACACAUUUAGGUACAGCUUUACAAAUUUAGGUACCAAUAAACAUCAUCAGGGAGCUUUCCUAUUAAUAUGGAAAUUCACAGUCAUCAGCAUAGUUGAAUUUGGUGUGCUUGCCUGAAAAUAGUGCAAAGUAUUUACUAUUACUGUACUGCAGAAGCAUCUUUUAUAUACAUAUUUGUUAACAGCUUUAGAAAUAAAAUGACUAUCACCUAGAGAACAUCUCUUGAAUUGCUCACUCAGAUUAAAGUAUCGGACUGGUGAGUAACCAGCACAUUGAAGGCUCUACCAUGAAAGAGCACUCAAGACAUGAAAAAUUCAUUAGCAUUUUAAGGAGUCUUAGUCUUAAGCAGUCUUAAAGAAAACAAGUAACAUUGCAAAUGGUUUCUGAAGACCUGAAAAUAAUUUCAAUAGCCUUCCCACUGACAAGCUUGACUUUUCCUUCUGUAGUUUUUAAAGAACAGUUUUAAGUAAUGUUACAGACAUACCUCUCUUUCUUGUCACUGGCAUGUACUGAUGCUCAGAAGGUCAGCUCCAUACUGCCCUAGACUGCUAUAUGUACGCCUUUUAUAUCAGAAUUAUGUAGGUCAGAAACCUGCUCUUGCAUUCCACAGAACAGGGAAUAUCAGUUAAGCAAAAAUUUCUUAGGUCAGAUUCACAGCUGAUGUUAGUUAGACAAGUAUUGACUUCAGAGACACUUAGAUGAUUUAUGCCAGCUGAGUUGCUGGCUCUGUAUUCCUGCAUGUGUAGCUAUAUAUAUAUAUCCUUCUUAUAUUAUAUAUUACAGUCAGUUGAAAUGUAUUUUUCUCCUCACAAAAAAUUCCUCCCUGACAAAAUCGAAAUUUCAGCCUUUAAUCCAAGCACAGCUGUUGAAGAAAAUAACAUUUUCAUCUUUUAAUGAAGAGUUUAUUCUGACGGUAUCAAAAAAUACCCAGUUUUCAACAAGGAAAUACCUACUUUGUGUAUCCCUCCCCUAUUUUUUUCCAUUAAAAAUGGACAAAAAAACACAUAAGAACUUAGCCUGCCAGGUUUUCAUAUGCUGUUUUCCAGGUAUUAAAUGCUUGGGAAAAAUAUCGGUUUCCAUACAACCCUUAAAACUUACUUUGUCUUUUGUCAAUGUAUUGUAUUUAACCAAACCAAUACUCCGAGAUGCAUCCUUCCCCCCCACAAAACUCCCAAACCAUCAUCAUGAUGACUGUAGUUUGAAAUGCAUAAGGAAUGUGUACAUAAAGUAUGUUGCAAUCUUGGUUUCAAGACAAAAUAAUACGCAUUUUAGCACUACUUAUAAAGCUAAUUUUUAGCUGUCAGUACAAAAGGAAAAAUACAAAUUAAUGUGCAUAACUUGUGAAUACCAAUUUACAUCGUGAAUCAUUUUGUAUAAGUAAUUAAGGACAGGAAAUUUUCAAAGAUGAACAGAUCCAGAUUAUAUCCGGUAUAAGAACAAAAUGUCUGAUGCUUUAUAAAGUGUUUGCCAGCUACAGAAUCCCUUACCCAGUAUAAAAAGGUUACCUACUGAAAAUAAUUGUGUAAAGGUCUGUGGAGUUUUAAGUCAUUUUAAAUAGCUAAUGUUCGAUUUUUGUAUGGCAGAAUGCAGGCAAAAUGACCUUAUGUAUUUUUAAUUUGAGGUAUAAUAAAAUAUUAUUUUGAAACUUGCUCUCCAUAUAAGCCCACUAUGAAGAGAUACUCACUUUUUUUUUUUUUCCCCUAUUUUGUGUGGUAUGGUUAUCUAUGAGUUGACUUUAGGUUUCCUUAGAAACCAAGUUGAAGAAGCCUGAUCUCAAAGGUAGCCUUAAAACAGGGAGCUUUAUAGUAAAUAAAUAGGCUUCCUGACUUGUACCAGUAUUUGUCAUCUUAUUUUCAAUGGAUAAGUGACUUUCUGGUGAAACGUAAAAAAUACUGAAUUACACACGAGGACAAAAAUAAGCAUAUCUUUAAACAGAUGAAACUGUUUUACUAAAGUGUACUAGAGACUUUGUUUCAUGCAAACAUGGGGUACAGCACGCUCUGUGCCUGAAUACAGCAUUUCAAAAGCCAAAUGAAGACAAGUUGGCUCAUUUCUUAUAACUGCCAAUCUGAACCCUAUACAAUGAAAUAUUUCAUGGAAAGUACCUCUUCCAAUAUAUGAAGCAUCUGCAGUUGCAACAGAUGAAAUAUGAAUAUAAUAAAACUGGGGAUAUGUGAGGACAGGAUAUGUAAUUGUGACCAGCUUUUCUGUUCAUCUAAAAUGAAACCAAUUCCAAUGAAUUUUGAACUGCAAUUACACAUCUUGAUGAUAAACAAAGGUUAGUCAGACAUUAUAUACAAAGUUCAAUCGUUAGGACUGACUUGCUAUAUACUACAGUAUAUAACUAUAUAUUGGCUGCAGUCCUUCAAGGUACCGACUGCCCCUUGAAAACAUUUGAUCUUCCCGAAAUCAUUGGAAUUCAGAGGUGUCUACAAUACAUUUUACUUCUACAGUUCUACAUGAAGCCAAUAGAUGCACCAAAAAUAGAAAUUACAAAGUAUGGAAGGUUAUCAUCUCUUUUGAUAUAAGGCUAUGAUAGCUGUAAUAAAAGGAAGGCUAUCAUCUUUAUGAACACCUCCAAAAAAUCUGAAUAAUUUGGUCAAUUGGUGAUUUUAAACAGUUUUAUCAGCAUGAGGGCCAGCCAUUUAACAUGCGAUAUUAACUCUUACUGUACAAUGGCUGAUCCUGUAUACAUAGCAACAAGUCUGAUAAGGAUAAAAAUCCUGCCAAUUUUGAGAUUCAUAUCUUGAUACCCUUGUAUUUAAUAGAAAAAGGUACUGCAUUUUCAUCUUGUGUAGGAAAUUCGUGCCUAUAAAGGAAUCAGUCUUCAGCUUUUGUAGCGUUUAACCCUGAUGUUUCCAAAAUAAAACUGAAGUCCUUAUGGGUUGAAAACACUUGUCUCUUCCCCUCUGAGUAAUAACCACAAAAAUUUUAUGAGACCUGAAUGUCGGCCUGGAAGUCAUCAUAUGUGCACACUGGCCAGCGAAAAUUCAGUAGUCAUACCUGUGAGUUUCUUGUGAACUGGUCAGCAACAAAAUAAACAUGGUCUGCCAGGUUCAGAAUUUUCUCCUACAGAAAAGGAAAUUUUGGUCAUUUGAAGUACCUUGAAAAUUUUAGUAUUAUCCCUUCAAAUGCACUUUUGAGGAGACAUUUGCAGGAAAAUUACCUAAGCUGUGCACAGCAAAAUUGAUUAUGUUGCUUUGAAAAGACUUUUUUCAUGAUGAUUUUAAAGAAAGCUGAUUCGUAUUUUCUCCUGUUUACUUGUUUGUAAAAGCAAACAUACAUAUCAGUAUAUAUAUUAGUUCUUGCUCCAUAAAACAGAUCCCUGUUUAUAAUAAGGAGGCAUAGUAAGAAAGACAGGUGUUCAGCCUUGCUGGAGCUUUAACAGUUUACAUGAGCAGAAGAUCUGCCCAGCACAUAUGGAACAACAAAAUGCUGGUUUUAUAGUUGAAAACUAAUAUAAUGUAUGGCAUGUGAAAUGCAACACAAUGUAGGGAGUAUCUUUUGCAGAUGACAUAAUAGGUUAAGCAUCGUGAAGACUGCACAAUGAGCAACCAACUGACAAUCUGUUUUGACAAGAAAUUUUAAUAAUAAUAUAAAUCUUUGGUUGGAUUAAUAAAAUGUGAAUGUUUGCAACUACA